AUGCAGCUUCAAGACUUUACCAUCCGCAAUACUCGCCCGGAGGAAGUGGACGAAUUCAUCGAUAUCCUAGAAGAGGCUGCAGAAUGGCUCCAUUCCAACAAUAUCAAGCAAUGGCCUCUAGGGAUGUUCAGGAACCCCGCCUCCCGCGCCAGCAUGCUUACCGGAAUCGCCAACAACCAAUACUUCACCAUCGACUAUCACUCACCUUCUUCAGGAAAAGGAACAGGAGUAGGGGAAGCUAAAACGGAGAUCGCAGGAUUGUUUGUCACAAACUACGACGACUCCUUUGACGAACUCCUCUGGAAAGAGUAUCUACUCACCCGCGGCCACGACUGGAAAGACGCCCUAUACCUCCACCGCCUUGUCCUCAAGACCCCCUACCAAGGCGUUGGGCUGACCCCUAAAAUCGUCGAGUUUGUUGAAGGAAAAGUUCAAGAAUCGGGUCGACAUUUCUUGAGGUUGGAUUGUUUAGCGGGGAAUGAGCGGUUACGGAAGUUUUAUAGGACGAGGUGUCGCGGGGUGGGGAAGGGCGGGCUGGAGGAGUUGGAGACGGUUUGGAACCCGGAUCUGGGGAUGGAGUUUGCGAGGUUUGAGCGCCAGGUCGUUCCCCUCUAA